UGUUGUUUUAUGGGAAUACACUCCCUUGAUUACAAAAUGGCCACCUCCAAGUUGGCAUACUGAUAUAAACAAAACAACGAAAUCACUAGAUCUAAUUGAAGUUAUUAAGAUCUUGUUCUUCAAGAACAUGUGAAAUCCCAUUUAUUAAUUCAUUCAAUUUUAUAAAAAGCAUCUGCUAUACUUGAGUUCAAUGAUAUGCAACACCUGAUGAGGCUACCUUGGACUAAUAUGGCAGGCCAGUUUCGCAGUUUUCAAUGGGACCCAAUACUUAUUAUUGCUCAAAUAAUUGCUAUGAUUUGCUUCUGGUAUUUCUCACUUGGAAUGUGGAUAUUUGUCCUUGACGUUAUUGGGAAAUUUGAUCUCUCCAUUGAACAAAUAUUUACACAAAGUGAUCUAGGUCUUUAUGAAGAUUCAGGCAGAACAAAUAUAAUUGGUUUUGCUUUAAAUAGUUUGACAGUAUCUUUUAUAAUGUGGUGUGUUGUUGGAAGAACUAAGCAAUGUCUAGACUUCACUGCCACCAUUCAUCUCUUCCAUUUCUUUGCCUGCUGGAUUUACUUUGGCUAUGUCCCAGUCACUUUCUGGUGGUGGGUGACCAAUAUAGUUUGUGUGGCAUUGACAACGGUCACUGCAGAGUUUCUGUGCAUGAGAUCAGAGAUGAAAGCCAUUCCUGUUGGUAUGGGAUCCAAAGUAGAUUUAUAAAACUGUGGGUGAUAUUUAAAGUAUUUUGUUUUUAGUUCACAAUAAAUGUUGUUGUAUAUAAAUAUUUGUGUACAUUUAAUUAUCCAUUCAGUCUGUCAUUGUGGGGGAACAUUUUAUUGGGGAAAACAAUAGCAAAGUAAAACAUAUUUAUUUAUAGUUAUGAUAGUUUUCACAUCUCAUUAAAUUGAUAAGCUCCUUAAAACUCUUUGCUGAUACAAAGACUUUGUCCAUUACAAAUUUAUUACUACUAUAUAUAUAUAUAUAUAUAUAUAUAUAAAUUUAUUAAAAACUCAAUCAAGUUCUUGGUGAUGUUAGCCAGAGUUUCUUGCAAACAUUGUUUUUAAUUAGCUUGAAUGACAGUUUAAUUUGAUGCUCGUCUCAUUUUAAUUUCCACAUUUGAAAAAGUUUACUAUCUUUGUAAUUGCACAUUUCAGCUCAUCAAUUAAACAUUGAUUUUCAAACUAAA